CUGCGUGUUCGACUUCAGUGUGGACACCGAAAGACAGCCGCAUUUGAUGAACGCACGUCUCACGCCCGCACACCGAGUCCCUCGACUAGGAACACACCGGCAAACAUGCACAGGUCGUCGGCCCUCAAAUCAGCGGCCAACCCACCCCCCACCCCACCCCCCGAAGCCCCCCUUCUACUACCGCUCUUCCUCUCCCUCUCCCUCUCCCUCUCCCUCUGUGUGCGGCUUGGCCCCCUGCUGCUUGCCUGUGCGCCGCUUCUUCUGUGCACCAAUCUGCCAAACAUCAUCUAGGUGGUUUGUCAGGAGGCCUGCGAACACCGGCAGACAGCAGCUUGCAACCUCUCUUUCUUUGUCUCGCUCUUUCUGUUUGUCUGCUUCCUCUUGUCUGUCCCUGCUGACCCUUGAUCAUGUUCCAGUUGGACUCGUUACGUUCGGCCGAGUGCAAGAGAUUCCAGGCACUAAUCAUGCACAGCGCCAACGCCAAGUCCUUCCGCCUGACCCACACACCAACGACAAAGACAGAGAGAGACAGAUUGAGACCUGAGACACCGAGGGGACUCUUCGCCCAUACUUGUUCUGGACGAUUUGAUGGUUGUGGACCCAGUGGCAAGGGAGGCUCUUCGGCUUCUUUGGGGGCUUCUUGAUGUGCUCGCCCACCCGGUAGGGAUGCACAAACUGACUCUGUACGCACCCACACAAAGGUGACCCCAAUCCACCAUAUGUUUUCGGUGCCCUUGCCGCCAACCAGGAGAGCCCGUAUGGCGGCUACGUUGUGUCUGACGCCCAGCAGCAUCACUGUCAUUAUGGCGCAGAUCACAAACACGCCACAGUCGGGCACUACACACAGCCACACAGCCACCCACCAUCCAAGAUGAGAUGUGUUUUGGUUCCUGCUUACGCGUCUGCUGGGGGCUCACUAUCAGACCCGAUGUCAGCACCUGACCAAAGCAAGCGGACAGACUGCAGGACCUCUUGUGUCGACCGGUGCGUCUCGUAUAUGGCUGGCUGGUGCGUGUGUACGUCCUCGCCCAAGCGCCACUGCUCCGGCUCGCGAGCGUGGCCCCUCAGCAACUCGAACUCCUGCAAAGAUAUGUGCACGCGUGGACACCCACCCACUGGCGGGCUGCCCCCGUACCAAUCUAAAUCUCUCUAGAAGUUUGGUGCGCAUUUCUGACAGUAGAGAGACUGUGCGUGCGUGGGGUGGAAGCAUGUCUGUCUGUGUGUCUGUCUGUGUCAUUGAUCACCCAUGAAUUUUGACGAGGUUUCGAUUGCACUGUCGGCGUCCUGACAGACAAAGACGGCGAGUUGGGCAUGUAUGUCUCUGCGUGUGCAGGUGCGUGUGUAGGCGUGAGUAUAUUCCUCUGAGUUGGAGUCGCAGCACGACAGCAGUGAAGCGCCCUCGUCGGGACCUGCAGUGCAUGACAGACAACAACACAAGUCGACACACAGAAGUGAGCAGUAAGCCUUCUUGUGCUGCCCCAUUCACCCGUCAUCUGCCUUCGGAUCCGCUUCUGAUAGAAUAAUCCAGACACAGAGACAGACAGAUCAACAGAUGCUCUCCCCGUGUCGUUGCGUGUGUAUCGUGGUGGGCGCCUCUCGACUCGUGCAAACCAUUUGCGCGUAGAUGUUGUUGCCCUCCUUGGUGUCCUUGAAGGGGUUGGGCAGCUCCACACUCGGUACCAUCCACUUCCUGAUGUACGACACCAGGGACGCCACAGCCACACAUGUGGCCGCAGCGCCUUCACGCGAAUGAUACCGCUGUUUGUACUGCAGCAUCAACCUGAGGAAAGGAGAAAAGUCGGCAUGUCUUCCAAGCGCAACUUGUGCUCAUCUGACCAGGGGCGAUAGAGAAAUGCUACGGCCCAAUGGCCUGGCUGAACACCGCACCACACCGACACCCACACCCCCAAAGUCGACAUCGGAUGUAGAGAGUAAAUUAUGGAGUGCCCGCAGGGGUCUGUCUGUCUGCCUGUCUGUCUGUCUGGUGGCCUGCUGUAUCUUGCCUUCUCACCACGGGACUGAACGGAAGGAUGAUGCACUCGGCCAACAGCCACAACUCUGACACACGCACCGACGCGCACAAAGGCAAUCACAGCUGCCUCGUAUGAAUCUGAGCGUUUGGGUACCCGAUCCCUUCUUGUCCUUGACGACCCUCUUGAUGCGGUCCGGCCCUAUCAUGGCGCCGGUCUGCGCUGUCUCCAGGAGAAGCCAUGAAUCGCCGUCUGCAGAGCCCAUCAGCUGAAGACGAGACCAGGCCACGUGUGAAGGGACACAGCCAAGAGCCAUGCAUUGGGCUGAUAGCCAUGCAUUGGGCUGAUACGAACGUACCAUGAUAUGCGAGAAUUCUUGGAAGUAGUCAAUCGACCAUUGGCCCAACUCCUGUCCCUUUGUGGCCUACGUGCAGCCCACCCACAGACCGUCGACAGAUACUGUUGCCUGCUCCUCCGUGUCCCUGUGUUCUAUCCUUUCCCACCACCACCACCCACCCACCCACUCACCAUCUGCAGGAUUCUUUCGGGCGUCAGACUUUGCCCACCAUCCGGUGAUCCUAUCUUAUGGCUCGACGAGAUGCGAAGCUGACCCAGCGAUUGGUUCCCUGCAGAAAUUGGUUGCUUGUGCGUGUAUGUGAUCCCCCAGCCAUCUCAUCUCUCACCCCCUUCACUCCAUGAAUCCUCCAGAGCUUCUGCAGGACAUAGAGACAUGCGAACACGGUGCACAAGUGAACAUUCAAUGGGUGGUCAGCCGUGCACGCGCACCUCUUAUGUCACCAAACUUGUCACUGCCAUCUGGGUUCACAUUCAAUUCACGGAGCACGUCAGCCACAACAAGGCUUGCGGCGCGGCCGGCGGUUUCCAGUCCCGCCCUCAGAUUAUCUAGAUUGUCUACGUCCAUCGGGGCUGCCGCUGCUGCUGCCGCUGCGGCGGCGGCGACGGGGGCGGCGGAGGUGCCUUCCCCUACGUCGCCCAUCCCCUCAUCGCUCAUUUCUCAACAACCUUUCC